AUGGACUACACGCUCCAGGUCGAGAAGCCAACGCUUCCUUGCAUUGUGCUCGACGCACUCUUUGUGCAGCCCGCGCCCGCCACCCUCAGCUUUGCCCGCAAUGUACCGAACCGAUCGCUGCUCUAUGCCAAGAAGACGCUCUCGGACUCUGCGUCAGGCGCGAUCCUAGCGACGCUGAGUCGCGGCAGCAGUGUCUAUUCCUGCUCGCCCGAGACGUUUACCGUCACGAGUCCGUUCCUGCUGGCGCCGGCAACCAUUGUCAAUACGACGGGCUGGCUCGCGACAACCAUUUCGCUGCGCUGGCGCCUCGAUGACGUUGGCACCAAGCUCGUGAUCCAAGGCAAAUUUUACACCUCAAAGGCCACCGUGACGCUCGUCACGUCGGACAGCGAGACUUUCGUCGUUGCAACGACCGACGCCAACCAAGUUGUGACCGUCGUGCCCGACGUCGAUACGGCGGCGGUGGUUUUGCUCUGCCGCACGUGGUCGCACUCGCAGACCGACUUGAAGGUGCUACUGCUGACGCUGCUCCUUCCGAUUUGCAUGAGUCUCGUCGCGUGCGUGCUUGGCGACUCGUCCCUGUGGAUUGCCACGUCGGUCGUGUGGCUGCUCUACCUGAUCUUUUCCGUCGUAUGGACGCGCCACUUUCGAGGUUAA